AUGGCAGAAAAAAUUGGCGUAGAAAUUAAAAUUCCACGUAUUAUAUCCAAACAAAAAAAUGGAUCAAAUUACAAAACCGAUUCUAUUGAACACUAUUACAGACUUUCUAUUUUCAUUCCAUACUUAGAUUCACUAAUAUCAUCUCUUUCACAACGAUUUUCAAGUACAAAUAAUAUAGCAUUCUCAAUAAGUCUACUGUAUCCUAUAAAUAUUAAAAAGUACACCAUUAAUGAUUUCAAAGAAAAAAUUAUGCUGAUUAGUGAUUAUUAUGAAAUUGAAAAUAUGAUAGAAGAAUCUACUAUUUGGUAUCAGUAUUGGAUUGAUAAAAAUUUAAUUGACUCCCAGUGUGUUGAAAUUUCGUUUGUUGAUUUAUUGGCUCAUUGCGAAUAUUAUCCUGCAAUUUUUCAAAUACUUAAUAUUUUUGUAUCACUGCCUCCGACAACGUGCACAAUAGAAAGAUCGUUCAGUACAUUAAAACGAGUAAAAACGUGGCUUUGCUCAACUACAGAAGAAGAUCGUUUAAAUGGAUUGUGUAUGAUGAGCCUUCAUCGUGAAAGAGUUAACGCAAACAAGGAUACAUUAAUUCAGGAUGUCAUUAAUAUUUUUGGAAUAAAAUGA